UUACCGGAUGAUAAGCAGAGAAUAUAAAUAUUAUUAAAUAUUAUUAUCACUGAAAUGGAGGAAUUUCUGAAAAAACUACCGAAAGUGGAACUACACGCACACCUCAACGGAUCCCUGGGAAUCGAAGGCCUUCGCGAUCUUGGCGAGCGCCUGUAUGGAUCCACCUCAGAGGAAUUCGCAGAGCUAUGCCAGCGGUUCAUUCAAUUUGACGAUAAGAGUCUGGAUUCGUGCUUCAAGAAGUUUGAUUUUGUUCACGAGCUGACAUCCACAGUUGAGGGCUUACGGUAUGCCACGGAGCUAGCAGUGCGAGACUUCGAUAAGGACAAUGUCCAGUAUGUUGAGAUAAGGACAACACCCAAGGAAAAUAAAAACUAUUCCCGGAGGGAAUAUUUACAGCAUGUAAUCGAUGCAAUCCGAAUGGCAGGGAAAAAGUAUCCACGCAUAUUAGUUAAGCUACUCCCCUCCAUUAAUCGAGCGGAGCCAGUUGCGGCGGCUGAGGAAACGGUGUCCUUAGCCAUAGAGUUUGCGAAAACUCACCCAGAUCUGGUACUAGGAAUCGAUCUCAGUGGUAAUCCUGGCAAGGGCAGCUUUGCAGACUUCAUCCCAAUACUUUCGCGCGCCCGUGAGAAUGGUCUUAAAUUGGUUAUACAUUGUGCCGAAAUAGAAAACCCCCCAGAAGUCAAGGAGAUGCUAAAGUUUGGAAUGACACGGUGUGGCCACGGAACUUUUCUAGAUCCAACCGAUAUCGCAUAUUUAAAGGAAAGAAAUGUUGCCAUUGAAUGUUGUCUUACGAGCAAUCUGAAAGCGGGAACUGUUCCCGAUUUGAAGGAUCAUCACCUCAAGAAACUAAUGGAAGCGGAUGCCCACAAAGUAUUGUGCACUGAUGACAGUGGAGUGUUCGACACGACGCUCUCCCAAGAAUUUAUCUUGGCAUCGGAAGUAUUCGGACUGAGUAGGAACCAGUGUAUUUCCUUAACUUUAGAGGCAGUCAAUCAUUCCCUUGCCAACGAUGAGGAGCGAAGUCAGAUGUCUGCUAAAGUAAAAGACUACGCGGCCAGCUUUGCAUAAUAAUAUGUCUAAUUAGUAUUUGCUGCUAGCUUCAGGAAUUCGU